UUCUUGAAGAAAGAGAGUCUGGCACUGUACAAUCAAUUGAAUAAGGGUACAGUCCAGAAAUGGAUUGCACUGUGCAGAACGAAAUGGUCUGAUACAACAAUCUGCAAUGUCCAGAACAAGCGUAUCUUAGGGGGUUCUGGACGUGUUGGUGCUCUUACAAAGUACCCUGAGCUUGUUGAGGAGAUUAAAACGAACUUUCUGGGCUUUCGUGCAAAAGGUUACCCACUGAAUGCAGUAAUUGGCCGUUCUAUGAUGCUUGCCAUCAUUGAAGCUCACAAUCCAGAUAUCCUCACAUUGAACUUCAAAUACAGUGAGAAAUACGUCAGGUCGUUCCUAGGAUCGGUUUUGAAUAUGACAGUAAGGCAAGCAACUCGAGCUGCUGCACACCUACCC